CCCCAUUUUACUUGGUCUUAGCUCUUCCAUGCCCCAAUAGAAGUGACUCGUGAAUGGCCUUCCACACCUCAUGACUACCCUUCCUCCUCCUAUAAAUGGACUCCUGCCCUUCCUUUCUCUUCACUAACCAUAUGAGCUCUGAGAGAGAGAUACACAAUACACAAUACAAAUCAAGGGUCUGUUUUGCUUUGCUCAGUUAAGCUAAAAAAUACUCUCUCUUCCAUAUAUCAGAAAACAUACAGUAUGGGAGGAUCUGUGAAGCUCAGGAGGGAUAGCGCCAUGGACAAUGACUAUGAUUGUUGUUCUAAGGCUUUGUUUGGUUGUGUUUUAAUUUUUAUGUCAAUCACUACUGGCGCUAUCUAUCCUGAGUUUCACGGGUUCUUCUUACUAUCUCUGGUCUCUCUGGUUGCAGAUUUCGGCCUUAAAAGGACGUUUUUUGUCAUCUGGCUUGUAUCUCCCUUUCAACGUUUCUGCCUUCUUCAUCGUCUCUGCAACUUUCACGUGAAGCUCAUCUACAUCAGUCCUUCAGAUUCAUCACGGGUGGCUUCUCUGUAUCAAACAUCCAUACUUCAAAUUCAUCACGGGUGGGUUUCAAACUCAUUUUAUAAAGAAUGAAUCCACCCAACUCGCUCUGUACUGGUAUCAUAUUUCACAAAUCGACUAAGUUACGAUUUGUGCGUUGCGGACGAUUCUUAUUAUGGGCAACCAAACAACGACGACUGCGAGGUCAAAUUUAUCAAAUUUAUUAUCGAAUCCGACGAGCAAACAGUGGCAUAUUCAAUCAGUAUACACAUUCCGUCACCGGCGAUAACUAUUCAACUCCCACUGAUCUGACUAGCAGAAAUGUGAAGAAGUUUAGGAUAAAAGGGUUUGAAUAUUUUCAAGAAAUUGCAGAAAUUGUUGAAAAUUGUUGUGCCACAGGGGCCCUGUCUCGUGCAUCCACACAAGGACCCCUUGACUCAGAAGAAGAAGAUGACAUGUUAAAUAAAUUUAGAACACUGAUGCUGGUGGGAGUAACGCUGGUGGGAGUAAUGCUGCUGAGGCCAUUCCUGUUGACUUAUUCAGGGAUGAGUAUAUGGAUUCAGCAAAGGGCAAAGGUCACAAGAGCGGCCCUGCAACUAGCCAGACUGGCAGUGAUCGUUCCAAAAAAUCACGGUCAAGUGGGUUUGAUGCUGUGUGCGCAGCUUUUACAUCCUAUGUACAAGCCAAAACAGGACAUUCACGUGCACGAGAAAAUGAGACUGAGGCUGUAAGUGCAGGUGGUGAUGAUUAUUCCCUUGAUACAUGUCAAGAUGCAUUGCUUGAGCUUGGGGACAUACCACCGUUGCAGUACGUUAGGGCACUGACACUGUUCAAGGAUAAGGAAUGGCGAAGGUUUUUUAUGCACACUCCUACCCAUUUGCGCCUAGCCAUGAUUCUCGCUUUGCAGUGAACUGAGAAGUUCUGUGUUGCUUGUGUUAGCAAAUCUUCUUCACUGAACUGUUUGAUGAUUUCAUUAUUCCUGAUUUGGUUUUUUUUUUUUUAUUCCAUCAUAUCCUCUUUCCUUUUCUA